UAGUUUUAGACUUCUACUCCUUAAGAAAGUGUAUGCUAAAACAAAGCCUGUUACUGUAGCCGGCAGCAGCCUUCUAAGUUUAUAAGGGAAAUAUUUAAAAUGUCCAUACUUUUGGGCCUUUGUCUAUAUGUCUUGCACUAUGAGGUUAAGAGGUAUGCAGUCUGAAUAGUAGACAGGUAUGAGCAGGGGCACAAACGAGACAUUGUCCAUAUAUAGUCGUGUGCGAUCCCAAUGUAGCAACCACUCCUAGUUUGUAACAGAGGUCGUUUUUUCCCCCCAGCUGUUGGUGACGUUCUGAGCAAACAAGCUUGUUCAAACAUCGGUCUCAACGUUUCAUCUCCGAAAUGAGGAACAAAUGGGCGAAAUGUGGAAAGGCUUGAUAAAAGCUCACAAACAAGAUCAAGUAGGCAGCUCACAUUAUGGCGAACGCUUUACAAAACCAACUUGUGAUGCAGUAUGACAGGCCUGCCUUAAUGAGAAACUAACUUACACAAAUACAGAUGCAGCUGGGGUGGUGCUAGAAACUGUGGGACAAUUUAUCGCGACAAUUUCACAGCUCCUUACACGAAAGUAUUUAGAAUAAAGGCGGUCUCCAUCAUACAAACAAAAUAAACCUUGGACUUCUCAAUACGCGGACUAUUCUUCUUUGGAGAAGGCGUGGUCGAUUUGUAAAUCAAUAAGAAGUGCUAGUAUUAUAGGUGAAUGGGCGUGACUCGGUCAACCUUUCCGUCUGCUGGUGCACCUGGCGGUUGCAGCUCUGAUGAAGUUUAGUUAUUAUGAUGAUUCCGCUGGCUGUGGAGGGUAGGUCUGACAGUCACCAUCCUUGGGGAUGUUGGCGACUUUUUCCUUAUUACUUUUCAGAUUGGUGUGGACUAGGUUUGGCCAAGUACUUAGUGGCUGCAACUUCCCUUUUGUCCCUUUGCUGCAUUAUUCUCCUCAGUCUGAGAAAACAUCUACGGGACGUAUUGCUUUGGAUGGAAAAUUUGGACAGCAUGUCGGGUUGUCUGAUUUUUAUUCUUGGUUUUACGUUAGUCUCUUUCCCAUGGAGCUGGGGUUACACAGUGCUUACUCUCGCUGCCGGUUACCUGUAUGGUUUCCUGAAGGGGCUUUUAGUGGUUGUCUUCAGUGUCUUGGUGGGCACGUUAGUGGCUCAUUUUACAUCACGCCAGUGUCUAGUAGGAUGUGUAAAUGCGAAAGUGCAAGGGAGUAGUCUUCUUCGUGCCAUCACGAGAGUACUUGAAGGAUCUGGUGGCAUGAAGGUAGUUGCACUGGCAAGGCUGACACCGAUUCCAUUUGGGCUACAAAAUGCUGUGUUUGCGGUCAGUCCUAUGCGCACUUCUCAGUAUUUGACAGCAUCCACCGUUGGCUUACUUCCAACCCAGAUUCUCAACUCCUACAUUGGAACGACGCUACGGUCCAUGGAAGAUGCUGUGACCCACAAAGGUUCAGAGGGCUAUGCAGCAUUUGCAGUGCAGGUCUGCAUCAGCAUUGCCCUGACACGGUAUGUCGUACACCGAGCUCGCUCUGAGCUAAAAACAACACUGCAAAUGUAUGAGGGCACCCAAGUGAAUGGAAAAGCUUGCAACGUCAGCACUGACCAGUUGUCCUCUACUGAAAAAGCACAAGAGGCAUCAAACUUAGAAAUGGUAUAACGUAGGUAAUGUGUGAUGGCAGGCUGAGGUGACCACAGAGACAAAGCUAUUGGAUUGAAGUUGACAGAAGGGAAUGAAUGAAAUGUUUGUGAAUACUUUAAAAAAACACUGAAGUUAAAUUUAUAACAGUUUGAUGCCAAUUUUUAUGGCCUGUGUUUGACAAGCUAAUGAACUGUCAAGAUGCCCAAGAGCUGUAAUCUUCUGGAACAUUCUAGCCUUAAUUUUCCAUGGCUUCUGUGAUUAAAACUACUCCAAGCAAGCUACCUCAUUUCUUUACAUUUCAUUAUGUGUAGACUGUGAUGUCCUAACCGCUCUGGACAUCCCAAGUACAGUUGUGAGUUGCCAACUGAAUGAAAAUGUCUCCAUCAUGAAUAAUGGAAAUAAUUCAUUACAAAGUUCGACUAUUGCAGAUUAUACAACAGCAACUUUGUUUUAUAACUGAAUGGCUGAAAACAUGUACUAUAUGUAAAAAAAAAAAAAAAAAAAAAAAGUCAUCUUGGAUUUUUUGUGCAAUCUUACUCUAAGUUGUUAAUAUUUAUGUGAAUAAUUGUCUCAGUAAUA